UGGGCCUGGGGCCCAAGACGAGCCGUGGCCUUUCAUAUAUACUAAUGGAUACCCUCAUCGACAUGUCUUUUCCCGCACUCUGUCGACGAUCGUCUACGCCUGGGUUUCCCCUUGUUUGUAGAAUUGACAAGAUUAAAGAAACACUCAAAUGGCUGGUCCUAGGAUUGCCCAUGCUACCUUGAAAGGUCCAAGUGUGGUAAAGGAGAUAAUAAUUGGAAUAACACUCGGCUUGGCUGCUGGUAGUGUGUGGAAGAUGCACCACUGGAAUGAGCAGAGGAAAAUCAGGACCUUCUACGAUUUACUUGAAAAAGGUGAGAUCGGUGUUGUUGUGGAUGAACAGUAGAACUGUUCUUGCUUUGUUGCCUAUGCUCUUCAUAUAUAUAGGCUUUUUUCCCCUGCUAUAUUCAAUUGGCUCUUUAAAUGUAAAUGAGCCAACUUACUGAUGAGAUUGAAAAGAAUAAGUUUCUUGCACUGAUUGAGUACUGUGUCGGCUUGUAAAAUUUCAUACAGUUAUGCUUUAAUUUUAUGAUUGGAUUAUUCUCUUCC